CAGGAACGUCAAACCGCAUCUUUGUCGCCCCUGCUCUCAUCGCUGGAUGUUCAGCAAGUUAAUCAGGACAAGGCGCGCUUCAAACUAAAAGAACUUGAAAAGACAGUGGUUGAACAGGAAAGGGAGCUUGAAGAGAAGCUUGCCGAGAAAGAGAAGCGCGUCGCUCUUCUAGCCAAAGAAAACUCUGAUCGGUUCAGCCGUCUGUCAGCUUUGCGUAUAAAAGUAGACUUGAUGGAGUGGUUUCUUCAUGUAAAAGUGAAGCAGAACGACCACGGAAGCAUUGAUGCAAUCGCCUUCAACCCCAAGUCCGUGUUCACUCGUUCCGUGGAUUCGGCCUCUCUUCAGUCCACAGAAAGCAAGGAGAACAUCUCGCGUAAAGGCUGGGAUCAGAGCCAGGUAUUUGCAUUUGUAUUUCUAUCGAUCUUUCGCAGUGUUAUUUAG